AUGGUGAUGAUCAUUGCAAAAAAGAGGAAAAGAGGGGACUUCAAUGCAAUUACUAGUUAUGAUGAGAAGAUAGGAGGUGUAUCUGUAUCAGAAUCUGAUAUUGAGGAUUUUCAGAACUUUAUCAGCUCCAAUCACCUUCUGCAUCUGAAAUCAACUGGAUGCUACUUCACAUGGAACAAUAAACAAAAUGCAGAUACAAGAAUUUGCCAAGUUGAAUAUCUGCUACCUAGCUGCUCUGAUCAUUCUCCUGCUCUUCUAACCAUAGAAGAUGAUAUUAUAACUGGUAAGCGGCCAUUCAAAUUCUUCAACAUGUGGGUAAAACACCCUGACUUCAUUCCUACAGUCAAAGCUGUUUGGGAGCAAAACAUAGAUGGUUUCAAAAUGUACAGUUUCCAUUCUAAGCUCAAAAUGCUUAAAACUGCUCUUAAAGAUUUAAAUAAGAAGCACUAUAUGAAUAUAAGUGAGCAAGUUCUUAGAGCAAAAAAUGACUGCUCUUAA